AUGAGGUCCUUGGCUGUUGCCCUGGACUGUGGACAAGGAGGAUACAGUGAGGUCCUUGCUGGUGGCCCUGAGCUGAGGACAGUAAGGGGACAGCAAGUGAACAGCAGCAUGGCACAGACCCUGUACGAGCGGGUGCGGGUCCUGUGCUGGGUGAUGACGGGACCCCCCACCCUGGAGACCCGGGCCCGCCACGUCCGGGCCACCUGGGCCCAGCACUGCAACCUGGUCCUGUUCAUGAGCUCAGCACCGACCCAGGGCUUCCCCGGGGCCGUGGGGCUGCCCGUGGGUGAGGGGCGUUCCCAGCUCUACUGGAAAACCAUCCGUGCCCUCCAGUACGUGCACCAGCACCACCGGGACCAGGCCGACUGGUUCCUCAAGGCGGACGAUGACACCUUUGUGGUGGUGGCCAACCUGCGCUGGCUGCUGGCCGCCCACUCGCCCCAGCGCCCCCUCUACCUGGGCAAGCGGUUCCGGCCCUUUGCCCGGCAGGGCUACAUGAGCGGCGGGGCCGGCUACGUGCUCAGCAGGGAGGCCCUGCAGCGCUUCGUGGGGGCCGUGGCCUCUGGCACCUGUGACCACACCAGCGCCGUGGAGGACGUGGCCCUGGGCCAGUGCCUGGAGAAGCUGGGGGUGGAGGUGGGAGACUCGCGGGACCCCCAAGGCCGAGAGACCUUCCACCCCUUCCCACCCGAGACCCACCUCACGGCCCCGCACUUCUCCGUGAGCUUCUGGUACCGCAGCUACAGCUUCUACCCUGUUGUGGAGGGUCCCCAGUGCUGCUCAGACCUGUCGGUCUCGUUCCACUACGUCCCCGGCGCGCAGAUGUACGAGCUGGAGUACCUGACCCACCGCCUG